AACAUCGCAGCUACCAGUACUGUUCUUCCCCUCAUCCCUACAAGCCCAAGUUUAACAUAAAUAAUAAGUGAUAAUAACAUACAAACCAAUUAGCCACAGUGUAAUUAGAAACAAAACGCUCCUACACCAAGGAAGCGACACACUGGUGAAGCCUCGGACUCGUUCACAGAGGCGAGGAGACAGGCAGUGGUGGUGAGCAGGCAGCACGCGGGCACCACAGCCAUCCACCGCCCCUCGCCGCCGCCAGCACACCAGCUUGGGCCGAGACACACUACCGCCCUCUCGCGCCAACUCAACUAAACUCGCUGAGGAAGAACUAUGUGUCUUGAUAAGGAAGAGAGUCCCUGUGUCACUUUAUAAGGAAAACUGCCCUUCUGUGUCUCUUAAGAAGGAAAAGCUGUGUCACUUACUGAGGAAAGGUUGCGUCUCGGUGUCUCUUCAUAAAAGCGGCAAGAUAUCACUAUUGUUGUGUCCAUAAAUUUGGGUUAUACAUAAAGGCGCUGCAAAAAAUGUGAAACUGAGAAGAUGAGACUGUGAAGCGAGCAAGAGAGAGAGAGAGAGAGAGAGAGACUGAAGCAGCGAGCAGAGACCGUGAAGACAUCAAAUAGAGCAAGUUUCCGUGACUGGUAAAGGAAAAAGAAACAAGCAAACAAAAAACAAAAAAAAGCAAUAAUAAAAAAGCAAUAAUAAAAACGUUCUUAAUAAAAAAAAAUCGAAACAAAGAAAAAUAACCAAAAAAAACAUCAGGACAAAACACAAACAAAUCGAAUAAAACAAACCAGAAGCGGUGACAGACAAGCCAAAGAAGGAAAAGGAAAACAAACUCGAAGAAACUGAACUGAGUGGAACUUCCUGAAGGAGACGAGGAAAACGAAUAGGAAGAAGAAAACGAAGAGGAAGAGGCGGAGAAAGAGUAAGAGAGGAUAGCGAGAGAAGAGGAAAGUUAGAAAAGGGAGACGAGAGAGGAUAACGAGGGAGAAGAGGAAAGGACAAGGAGAGAAAGAGGAAUAAGAGAAAAAAAGGCAGAGGAAGAAGAGGAAGAGAAUAAAGAGGGGAAAGAGGAGGAAGAAAGGAAAAGAGUAAGAGAUAGAGGAAUACGAAGAGGAAGAGGAGAGAGAAAGGAAAAGAGAAAUACGAGGAGGAAAAAGGAGAAAGAGGAAGAGAGGAUAACGAGGAAUACGAGGGAGAAGAGGAAGAGAAAGAAAAAGAAUACAAGGAAGAAGAGGAAUACAAAGUUGAGAAGAGAAGUUGAGAAGAGAAGAGAAAACUAGAGUAAGAAAAGUAAACCAAGGAACAAGACAAGAAAGAAAACGAAGAAGAGAAAACGGGAAGAAGAGCAUCGUAACAUUUUCUCUUCUGUCUGUGAACUUUUGACAUGAAUCUAGAACUUACGAACACCACCACCAUCACCACUACGCCCACCACCACCACCACCAUGCCCCCGCCCCCGCCCACGCCCACGCCCUGGCCGGCGCUGGCGCUCCUGGUGCUGGUGGGCGUGAUACUGCUUGCCUUUGCGGUGUGGGCGUGGCGCGACAUCAGAGACACGUGGCGGUGGUAUCAGGAAGUCGUGUUUCUGGAUGAGCAAGAGUUGGAGAGAGAGCGAGAGGCAGAAAGACGAGCAGACCAGAGCAAUGCAGUGAACGAGAGCGACCGCACCUCUAGACCCUCCCGCAACGCCCAGCAGUCCCGUGACCAGCAGCGGCGCUCCAGACUCGGGGAAAGACACCCUCUGGCCCACCCCGUCACCCCUUACUUCGCUCUUGGCACGGAGUGAGUCACGCCGGGGAAGAUGGAGGUGCAGGAGGGAAGGAAGGGAGGGUAAGAGAAAGGAGAGGGAAAAGACGUGCAAGAGGAAAGGAAGGAAAUUAAGGCAGGAUAAAAGAAAGGAAAGGGAAAAGAGCCUAAUAGGAGGGAAGGAAAUUAAAGGAAUAAAGACAAAAGAGAAAGAAGAGGGAAAAGACAUACAUGAGGGAAGGAAAGUAAGGCAGGGCAAGGGAAAGAAGGAAAAUGAAAGGAAAAGUUGAAAAAGACGAAGAAAAAAUAAAGGAUAAAGGACUAUGGUACACAAAAAAAAAGGAAAAAAAAAAAAAGGCAAGAGUUUAGGUAGUGAGAAGUGUACAGAUGAUUUUUAACUCCUUGACUGUUAAACAAGGAAAUGGUUAGCUUAAUUUGAAUGACGCUAAACAUUUUUACUGAGCACUAAAGGGUUAUUCUGGGCAUUCAUUUCUCCCGAUCGUUUCUUGUGUUUUUCAAAGUUUGACACUGCCAGCUUCAUCUGAGUGACCCUGAGCACUUUUACUGGCCAUAUAGGAAACUAGAAGCACUAAGACUUUUAUUUGCAGCUUCUCUUGAUUGAUUUCUCUUUGUAUCAUUCGAAAUUUUAGUCUGAAUUUGCACCACAAUUUUUUUUUUUUUUUUAAGGCUGAGAAGUUAUAGAUUCAAUUUUAAGGGCACUUUUUCACUUCUUUAAAGCGGAGAAGUUCUAGCAGACGGAAGUUUGAGGGAAGUUUUCGAAUUUUUUUUAAAGCUGAGAAGUUUUCGAUUUUUUUUUAAAGCUGAGAAGUCUAAUGCGUGAAGGUUGACAGGCAGUUUUUUUUUUUUUUAUCAGGUGCUUUGAUAUUUUUAGUAUAUUGCUGGAGUGUGUUGUUUUAAUGUUUGUGGUCGACGCGGUGGUGUCCUCAAGCUGUUGUUCUCUACGGCAGUGUUUUAAGUUUUGUUACAAUGACGUAGUUUGUAUUUUACAAUAACAAAAUCACAGCUUUUGUUAGAGUUCCAUUGUUUUUGCUUUUAACAGUCAUCGCUCUAUGUUCUUUUCCAUUACCUUUUUUUCUUUCUUUCUUCAAUCGUUUUACCCUUUGCUAAAAUUACUUUGUUUUUAUUUUCACUUGUAAUCGGUCAAUAUAAUUCUUCACGAGUCUACUUCUUUAUUCUUUCUUGUUAGAAUUUCUUUUGUUCCAUUGUAUUUUUUCACCUGUAAUCGCUCGAUUUUUUUUUUUUUUUUGUUAGUUUUUGUAUUUUCUCUUAAACGUAUCUGUUUUUCUCCUUUCUCCCAUCUAACAUGCUGACACUUUCGUCUUCCAAAUCUCAAGAGGCAAUGGAAAACAUUCAGUUGUUCUGUCCGUGUCAUUUUAUUCAUUGUAUAAAAUAAAACUGAACUGAGCCAAAA